AUGACCUGUAUAGAAGUGAGAAUGUUUAGCUCAAAUAUACCUUCAGCACUGGACUGUAGCAUAUACUCUUCAGCUUUACUUAAUGAAAGUGGGGAAUUUUGUCCUCAGAAAUUCAGAGCUGAGUUUUUGAAAGCUUGUGAGCUAUCUAAAAAGGGGUAUUCGAGUAGUGAUGAAGAUAAGCAACCAACAAAGAAAACGUUUAUGGGGCAGCCAAAUGGUAAUGAAGACACUACCGCUAUAAAUAUAGUAGGGAAUUUACCUAAUUUGAAUUCUAGUAAAUUAGAAGAGGCUACUCAAUAUGAUGAUGAUUAUGAUCCCUUUUCAGAUCCAAUAAGUACAGUAGAUGGUUCCAUCUCACUAGAUUCAAGUCGUUUUUUAAGUUCGAAAUAUAAUCGUGAAGUAGAAUCUAGCUUUAAACCAGUUCUAUUAAGUGAAAGUGCUGUAUUACCUGAUGAUACUCACUUAGUUAAUACAGUGCCAAAAGACCACUUAUCUCAGAAUAAACUUGUUGCUAUAUUAGACCUUGAUAAUACUUUACUACAUGCUUAUAAUUCUACAAAGGUUGGAUGUAAUAUAAAUUUGGAAGAUUUCAUUGGAGCAAACGGGGAGCCAGAGAUGUAUAAAUUUGUGCUUCCACAAGAUAUGAAUACACCAUAUUAUCUUAAAUUACGACCUGGAGUUCGUGAAUUCUUAAAUACAAUUGCUCCUUAUUAUAUUAUGGGUAUCUGCACUAAUGCUACUAGAGAAUAUGCAGAUGUUAUAAGAGCAGUCUUGGACCCAAAGAGAGAUAAAUUUGGUGAUAGAAUAGUAGCAAGAGAAAAUGUUGAUGGGCGAGAUACACAGAAAGACUUUAAAAAGAUUUGUAUCGGUAUUGAUACACGUGCUAUAGUAUUAUUAGAUGAUCGCUCAGAUGUAUGGGAUAGUUCAUUGGAAAUUCAGGUUGUUAAAGCACAGACUUAUGAAUAUUUUGAACAUAGAAGAGAUGCUCUAAGAGCUCACUAUCCUCCACUAACUUCUAACUCAGCUUCCAUGGGAGCUGCUGGUAGUGCUCCAGGAGAUAUUUUAUCAGCAGCAUUAUCAUCUUUAUCUAAUGCAAGUGGAGGGAAUACUAUUGCAGAUUAUGAUCGUCACUUGGAUUAUUUAAUAAAGGUGUUUAAGGAGCUUCAUGUAAGAUUCUUUUGUUCUCCUGAGACUGCGAGUGUCGGAAAUAUUUUGCAGACAAUGAAAAGUGAGAUUUUAGCAAAUUGUGUGAUCUGCUUUACAGGGUUCUUGAAAGCUGAUGAAAAACCUACAACAAAGAGUCUACCUUCAACUUGGGGCGAUUCUCAGGCUGAAGCUGAAGCAGCAUCAAUUAGACUGGGGGCAAAGGUUGAAGAGAAUCUUGAAUCUAUGGCUACACAUCUUGUUGUACAGAAGACUAACACAGCAAAGUUUCACCAAGCAAAGAAUAAUCCAGACAUUAAAAUUGUACAUACAUUAUGGCUUUGGGCUUGUGAUGGUCAAUGGCAAAGAGUCCCUGAAUCUUUAUUUGAUGGUGAGGUUUUAUCUGACAAGUUUAAUCAAUCCACUGUCUCCCGCCCUUGGAAUAUUCACUGGGAGAUAUUGGCUCAGAAAGAAGGUAAGGCAGGCAUACAAGCGGUGAAAUUUAGGCUUAGACAAGAGAUCAACUCAAAUGUAACUAUCUCAGAAUAUGAACAUCCUGCUGCUUGGAGACAGAGUGAUGGCGCAAGAAUAAUGUCACCCAGGGAAAUUGUGACUUUGAGGUUUUCUUGA